AUGUGCCCGUGCCCUCUGCACCGCGGUCGCGGCCCCCCGGCGGUGUGCGCCUGCAGCUCGGACCGCCUCGAGCAGCGCGCGGCGGCGGCGGCGCAGCUCACGGGCGCCCGCCUCAAGGCGCUCGGGGACGAGCUGCAGGAGCGGAUCAUGUGGCGGCGCCGGGCGCGGAGCCGGCGGGCCUCAGCCGAGGCGGCGGGCAGCGGCGGCGGGCUCCCCGCCUACUGGGCUUGGCUGUGCGCGGCCGCUCAGGUGGCGGCGCUGGCGGCCUGGCUGCUCCGGAGGAGGAACUUGUAGGAGCGCGGGGGCUUCUUGGCGGGGGGCCGAAGCGGAGACUGAGCCGGAGCCCAAGCAACAGGCUGGAGAAAAUCCUGUGUCCUUGGAGCAAGCUGGAUCCCAUUUUCCUGGAGGGAAUCCGGAAUGUGAGUAGCCACUGGUCCAGAAGGGUGGCAACACAAGCGGAAAGUGGAGGACAUCAAAACACCUUGGGCAACGGGAAUGCCGAAUUGGACUGGAGGCGACCUUCAGACAUCCAGCAGCAGAAAUAGAAACAGAAACCUAUCCAUAUAUAUACAUAUCCUCAUAUAUAUAUAUAUAUAUAUAAGAGAGAAUAGGAAUAUUUAUCAUCUCUGCAUGCCUUGUUAAGAACGGGCGUUCCCGUUCCUUUUAUGCGACUCGCAAUAUGAACAUUUGUCCCCUCCGCGUUUGAGGAGCAGGAAGUAGAGGCCCGCUGGGACAAAGCUAGCUCAUUUCCCACAGCCAGAAUCAAACCUCUGGAGAUAGCCACUGAGGGAUACAGAUGGGGGAAUGGAGGCCUGCUAGUCUUGGCAAGGGGUGGGCACAAGGUCCGGGGUGUUUCCACCUUGGAACAUUCUGAUGAGGCUUAAUUUGUGUAUAUAGAAACUCUGCCCCACCAGGGCAGAUCCAUUUUUUCUAUCUAGUUUCUUUGGUGCUGUUUUCAUAUUUGCCGGGUGCUAAACUGCCUUUCUGGUGCUACCGUUUUACUGAAGUUGUUCGUGGGGCUGGGGAUUAGAGAGGAAUUUAUUUUGCUUGUUUGGAGUUUUUGUUUGAAAUGAGAUGAAUUGCCAAGUUCUGUUUGCCAUUUUCUCUUUCCUGUCCUUGGUUCCUUUUGGGAACACCUCGGGCACUGAUAAGGGUGUGGCAAGGCUCGGCAGAAGGAAACUUGGCUCCACAAGUGAGCAGGGAUUUCUCCCCCUCCUCAAGGUUGUUGCCCUGGGAAUCCAUUCCACAGCCAUUCCAAGGGAGCUCUGCUCUUGGGUUUGGGGGAUUCACAAGCCAAGAUGUUGAAUAGGAUUUCUAAGCAGGGGUUGGAGGAGAGAAGCUGAUGGGCAUCCCAGCGGUGGGCACCAGACCGGCAAGCUGUCGGAGGGUUUUAAGAUAAGUUACUAUUUUCAGAAAUUUAUAGAUCAUUAUAAGCAUGCAUCUCUGAGGGCAACUUGGCUACAGAGUCUCCCCAGGGAGCAAUUAUUAUUAUUUUUGUUUUCAUUAAAAAAAAACAAACCAAAACAAAAUAACAACUGGUAUUAUACAUCUGUGCCGGGCGUUCCAGCUCCUAUUGUCUCGACGGGCAAGAGAGGGAAGGCUCAGACUGUAGAUUCCAAAUAAUACACAACACGUUUUGUGGGUAGCGGCUUUGCUCACUUUGGUGGCUGGGAGCCCAGCUGUGAGAACACAGUGCAAGUAGCAGGAGUUCAUUGGGCUCAUCUGGCUGAAAUGGGACUGAUCCCUUGGCAUUUGAAAGAGGCAGGUCCCUUAGAAGGCAGAAAGAGCUUCAUGGCAGGGUCCCAAUUCCUGCUGCCAUCUCCCCCCCCCCCCCAGCCUUUUCUAAUAAAACUUACAUUAAAUAGAUUUUUAAAACAACUGCAGAUGAAGAUAGAUGGAUCAUCCUCCAUUCUUUCACAUGCGGUCAGUCCCUUCACUUGGAUUUGACUUUGUGGGGCUGACUCGAUGCUGACAUUUAACUCCACAUGCCAGGUCUUGGGCCAAGCCCGGGCCCUUAUUCUGGGGCUUUGAGUUGCUGGAUGUCGGAGUUAGACUUCUGGAAGGGAGUCGGAGAAAAGGAGGGCAGCGUACUUACCCGAGUCCUGUACCUUCCUGGCUUAACAUAGUAACUACUCCAUUGUCCUUGACUCUGCCUGGGGAGUGCUGCCUGGCUUGUGGUAGCACCAUAAGGCGGUUUUUAUUUAAGGGUUGUCUUUUCCAGAUCCCUCUAGUAUUUGUAAGAGUGCCCAGUGGCCUCCACUUUGGAGGCCCAGAGGAAAACGCUCAGUCAGUGCUGUGUUUCUUCGACUUGGAUCCUUUCUUUCUUCCUCAGCUACCUUUUGAGUCCCUCCUGCUGGGGGGAAAAAAGUGAGGUUUAUAUUCUGAGGGACUUUGAUUUCAGAAAGCUAGUUUGCUGAAAGAGCCAAGCACACCCCCAAAGUUUUCCGGCAAGGACUCACUGUAUAUAGCUUUUAUGUAUUAUUAGCAGAUGUGUAUCUCAAUCUUGCAUUUUUUUUUUGGCGGGGGGGAAGGCACAUCAUUAGGAUGAGUGCACUUCUUUGCGACCCCUGCUUUUGACAAGGGGCUGUUUUUAAUGCUCAUUUUGAUAGGAGACUCGACUCUUGAUUGACAUUUGUAUUAGGAAAUUGACGCAUGAUAUAUAUCCGUAUACGUCUCUGCUGUCUUCUCGUUGCAUUACGGGGAUUGCAUAGGAUGGCAAGGGGGGCUCUUUGGUGAUUAUCUGUAUUUUGAUGGUAAGUUCCAUCUCUCAGCUCUUCCCUCACUCCCUUUCGCUCUCCCUCUCUCCCCCUGUUCUCCAGACACUAAGAAGUCAUUGAUUUUGAUGAGCUUUGCUGCAGAGCCUCAAAGGAGAUAGAGAGAGAGGGAGGAAGGGAGGGAGUGAGUGAGGGAGGCAGGCAGGCAGGGCUUAAAAUAAAGAAAGACCUCAUCUUGGAUUUCAGCAGACUGACUUGGUACAGCAGAGGGAAAGGUGGGGGGGGAGAGCUUCUGAGAUCAUCAUUUAGGUACUGGCUUCCAGGGAAGAAUAGCUUGGGCUCAGUGCUUAAAACAAAACAACAACAAUGCUAUAGAAAAUGGGUUACAUCCCCAGAAGAUGGGGGCCUUGGCGUCGGGAUGCCCCUGGGACUUUAAGACUCCUUAUCGGCGACCCCUCCCUCCUAAGCAAAUAAUAUCCCCCCCCCUCCUCCUUUGAAGUUGAACGUAACCAGCUGGAACAACUUUUCACAUCUUUGAAUAUUUACUGAACAUACAGGAGGAGCCCAGUGGCUUUUAUCGGCUGUAGAAUAUUGUCAUUGAGAUCUGCCUGAGCUGAGAGGACCUGGAUUCCCAUAUAGCUUUACGGUCUCCAACUUAGUCAAAUGUAGAGGAAGAAAGCUGAUCCAAAAGAAUCAUUUAAAAGGAAAAUAAUAAAACAUUUCUAGAUCAGUUGUGUAAUGGAUAACGCUCCAGAUUUGGAGAUGGAGGAACUGUAUUCAAAUCCUGCCCUGCCUAGUUGCUACCUGUAGACCCCGAUUUUCUCACCUAUUAAAGAAAAAGGGUUCAAUUUUAAUCCUCGAUUCUAUGAUGAAACCUAUCUAGGUAAGAGCAAGGGGGUGCUUCUUUAAAGGCAGGGAUCAGAUAUUGUAUCUUUGGCCUCCCAUAUUACUCAGUCCACUGGAGACUUUUGAGUCUUUACCGUAACACAUAUGGUUUCACUUGAAUUUAGUCUUAGAUUAGACAUAUAUGAAAGGAAGUCAUUCCCAAUUAGGGACUAUUUUAGGUCAGGGGAUCCUUUUGUCUGCCAAGGGCCAUUUGGAUAUUUAGAACAUCAUUUGUGGGUCAUACAAAAUGAUCAGGUUAUCAAAUACAAGCAGGGGGAGACUAUUGUACAUAGCUUUCAGUUCAUCAUCACCUGGGGUCUCCUUGGCAAACGGGUGGAUGUUCCCCGCCCAUGAUUUAAGGGGAUGCCAGAAAGUUUCUUCCAUGUUGAAUUUUAAAUACACAGUAGAGAUCUGUAUAUUGUUCAUGAUUUCAGGGCAGCCUGAGCUGAGGGUGAACCAGGUGAUCCCAGAGGUCCCUUCCAGCCUAGGGAUUUGUCAGAACAGUGAGAUGUGGGCACUUCCCAGUAGGACAAGAUGGUUUACCAUCCUACAACUUCACAAUCAAAGCCAAUAGAAGUUUCAUCCUAAUGGAUGGUCGUAUGACUAGACCAGGGCCUAUGAGAACUAUCCAUGGUUCUAUUUUGAAGGAUGCAUUGUUCUAAAUGAACAAGGCUGGGACUGGUAUCUUUUUUUUUUUUUUUUAACCCAUCCCAUGCCUUUAGGUACCAUCACUUUUCAUUUUACUUAUUACCUGUUCUGGGUCCCCAUCCCCAGAGGCAACAUGGAAAAAAUAUUGGCUUUGGUGACAAGAGAACCCCAUUUGGUUCCAGUUCUAAUGCAGACCACCAGUCUGUAGCUUCUUGGGCAUGUCACAUCCCCUCUCUCAGAUUCUUCCUGUGUAAAGUGUUGGUUGAUUCCCAGGAUUCCUUGCAGUCAAAAAAUGGAUGAUCAAAGGAGCAUUAUCUCAUUUAUCACCAGCUUUCCUUUCAGGGCACUGAGCACUGGGCAAACAUUUCUGCUUCCCAUCUGCUCCCACUUCCAAAGUCCCUCCCCAGCCCAUUAUGUUUGUCCCCUUCUCCCCUCUUUGGGUUUCACUAAAAGCCCCACUUUGGGGGAAUGAAUUUACUUUAGUGAGAGACCUCUGAAUUUGGGAUCCACAGAUACCCCAAGGGAUGCAGGGAUGGAUUUCAGAGGGACGGGUUGGGGAAAUGACAUUUUUAUUUCAAUAUAGCCGAUUUCCUUUGUAAUCCUCUAUAUUUUAUUCAUUUGAAAAUGAAGAACUCUUGUUAUAGGGGAAUCCUGGAGUUGGGCACAGAAUGUUUCUAUAGCGGGUUUUAUAGGUUUUACAGUGUGGCUUGAGCAGACAAGAAGCUUAAGAACACACCCUUCUGGUUUCUGAUAUGACAAGUUUGCUGUGCUAUCUUUUGUAAGAAGGAUUUCAUACCUUGAAAACACUUUGUACAUAUUUGUAAUGACUUUAUUAAAAAAUUCAAUGUGCUCUUGAGCCUAAAGUCUUGGUCGAUCCUUUCAUUUUUCUCGUCUGAGGUGGGUGGGGUCUAUGGAAUGGGAAAAGUUUGCCCCCUUGGAA